UUGUGAGCGUCAGUCGAGUUUUUGCCGCCAACACGCUUCUAGCCGGACUGGCUGGUCGAAUCGCUAAACUUGCGCGAAAAGAAAAUAAAAUUUAUAGCUGUUUAAAAAUCGAAUGUGCUUGUGAGACUCCUAAACUCUAAGGAACACAGGAUUAUUAAAUUAAGUUUUUUCGUCUUUCGUAGUGGCCAGUUAUUAAGUUUUUUAAGUGUUUGUAGCGGAUAGUUUAUUUGCCUCUAUGGUUUGAUAUAUCCAACCAUGUGACUACAAGACUAUCCGCGCAGACUAUCCAACUGAUCUCAAGCAGCAACCAUGAUUCUAACUAAAUUUUCCACGAACUUCUUACUUCUACUCAUCACAAUCCACUGCAACAAAGCAGAAGAAAAUAACACUAGAACAUACGAAAAAGUCGACGAGGAUGUUAACAAAAUCACUGAAUACAUAAAUAACGGCAAUAACACAAAAGGAAUAGAGGAAAACAAAAUGGCGGCACAAACAAAUGCCAACACAUUAGACGCAAACGAAACGUGUGUCGGAGAUGAAAGCUAUUGCAACAUGACAGAGCAAGAAUACAAGAAUAUGCUGAACAAUUACAUUUACCCGAAAGCAUAUGAGUGGGUUCUUAUAUCAACGCAUUCGCUAGUGUUUGUGACAGGACUAUUAGGGAAUGCUCUAGUAUGUGUCGCGGUGUACAGAGACAAGACAAUGAGGACUGUGACGAACUAUUUCAUAGUUAAUUUGGCGUUGGCUGAUUUCAUGGUGAUACUGUUCUGCUUGCCGCCGACGGUGCUGUGGGAUGUUACUGAGACAUGGUUCCUGGGGAAUGUUCUGUGUAAGGUGCUGCUGUAUUUUCAGUCGGUGUCCGUGACGGUGUCGGUGCUGACCUUGACCUUCAUCUCGCUGGACCGCUGGUACGCCAUCUGCCUCCCGCUGCGGUUCAAGUCCAGCACCGGCUGGGCCAAGGUCACCAUACUGAAGAUAUGGAUCAUCGCUCUCACAUUUAACGCCCCAGAGCUGCUAGUGCUGACGGUGGUGCAGACAGUGCCGCUGAGGUUCCAGCUGGAGUACCUGGUGCAGUGCAUGGCCACCUGGUCAGAGACCAGCGACCUCGUGUGGCACAUCUUCAAAGUGCUUUUUAUGUACACAAUACCGCUUCUGCUGAUGACCGUAGCGUACUGCCAGAUCGUGCGGGUGCUCUGGAGGUCGAACCGCAUUCCUGGCUGCUGCGAGACUGCUUCCCUGGCCACAGCCGAGCAAGCUCGCCUGGUGACGCGGCGCAAGGCCGCCAAGAUGCUGGUGGCCGUGGUGGCCAUGUUCGCCGUGUGCUACUUCCCCGUGCACCUGCUGUCCGUACUCAGAUACACGCUGGUGAUGGAGCAGGACGACGCGAUGACGCUGCUAGCGCUCGUGUCGCACGUGCUGUGCUACGCCAACUCCGCCAUCAACCCGCUCAUUUACAACUUCAUGAGUGACAAAUUCCGGAAGCAAUUCCGCCAGUCGUUCUGCUGCGCGUCGGGGUCCACUCUCUUCGUCAAGUUCAACUCCACCAUGAAGAGGACCAUCUCGUACACCCCCACCCCCCUCAAGGUGGUCUCCUCGCAAGGGCUGGAGCUGAAGUCUUCGAGGUCUUUCCAUUAGACAUAACCCUUCUAUUCUAGUCUGAGAGGCAGUGAAGUUCCUUUACGUGGGUUUCUCGAGUGGAAACUUUUGACAUAGACCUUGAAGACUGCAAAAGGGCACCACGGUCAUGAUUGUGGAAAACUAUAGGUCACAUCCAGUGGCGUGCUUUCUUCUUCUUCAUUCCCGCUACUCCUCCGAGGAGUAUAGGGAUGGCUCCAGGCUCUGCCUUCUCUGUCGGUGGCCAGCAAGUUGAGCUCUAGCUACGUCUUCCUUUUUUAUUAGGCCUCGCUGGUUGUGGCGUGCUUUGAGAGUGGCCUACGUCCAGUGCUAUAGGCUGAUGAUGAUGAUGAAGAAAACUUAGCUGAAAAGGUUGUCGAGGGGCAGUUUUCCACAAUCCGCCAAAAUGGUAGUCAGUAGUUGGAUAGAGGACAUUAUUGGGGUAUCUGCCUGUGCCACAUUAUCCUGGCUGUGCGAGACCGUUGGCAAUCUACAUAAAUAUGUUGGUAUAUACUGAUUCAUGAUAAAUACGGCUAUUGCAUUGGUGGAAUGUGUAAUAACCGCUUGUAUCCCUUGUCCCCUUGUUAUCCCGAAGUCGCGAUAGAAAUCUAUUGUCGUCAGGCUUGAUAUCGCGACUUUGGGACGCAAAAGGUUAAAAGAGUACCAACAUAAAUGAUAGGUACGUCGAUAAAGAUGCCAUGUAACCGGGGUAUGAGAACGUCAAGAUAAGCAGAACAUGAGUAUAGAAUACAGCACAGCCCUAUUGUGAUUGGCUCGAAGAAUGGUCCUUUGUUAUACCUAUUGGGGGUAAUAUUGGAACUAAGUUGAGCAAAAGAGAUUUUUUAUGUAUAAUAAAGGCCCGGAAACAGCUAUGAGCGGCGCGUCGAUCUGUAUGGCUACUGUGGCCGAUUACUUUGAAGAAAACGUUGAAGAAAAUUAGUUGAAACUUGCAUGGCAAGAAUGUAAUAUUAAUAGGGUGGCCAGGUGUUAGAUGAGGAAGGCAUAUGACAGAGUGUUGUGUUGUGACGAGUGAUUUUAUAUGAGAGAUCGGUAAUUAUGAUAACGUUGUAUUAUAAUGUAAUAAUUUUUUAACCGCUAAGUUUUGUACCAAUAUACAUAAGUGCAUAAUUAUUAAUUUAAAUUAUUAGGUUUAGGAUUAAGUAAACCUACUUAGCUACCUAUGUAUUAUUUAUACCUAAAAGAUAAUAAACUGUAAAUAUUGCCUAAGUACCCUUAUUA